AUGAAGAUUCGCAGCACUCUCCUCGCUAUCCUUGGGGCCGGCGGUGGCAAGGCCGGUGCCUUUCCGUUGGGCUCGUCCGGCGACUUUUCCAUCGUCACGUCCCUGCUGUAUGAUGUCGAGUACAUUGUGGAGGCACACCUCGGCACGCCGGCGCAAAAGGUGAUGAUGAACAUCGACACCGGCUCGAGCGACUUUUGGGUGUACAGCUCAGAGACGCCACCGGAGAUCCUCAACGGCCAGUCAAUCUACAGGCCGGAAAAGAGCCGCUCGGCCAAGAGACUUGACGGGGCCACCUGGAGCAUACGAUACGGGGACGGCAGCUGGUCUUCGGGCAAUGUCUGGAUCGACAACGUCAGUCUCGGAGGCCUGAGGAUCAAGGGCCAAGCUCUGGAAACCGCAACGAAUGCGAGCAAGUCGCUCACCACCGACGCGGCAAUGUCGGGGAUCCUCGGCCUGGGCUUCAGCAAGGGCAACACCGUCAAGCCCGACCCCCAGCUCAGCUUUAUGGACACGGCCAGGCCGCACAUGCGCGCGCCGCUGUUUACGGCCAACCUAAACUACCACGCCAACGGCACAUACAAGUUUGGCAAAAUCGACAAGAGCGAGCACAAGGGCCCGAUUACGUAUACGCCAGUCCUCGACCCCAACGGCGCGUACUGGACAUUUGCUACGUCGGGUUAUGCUGUUGGCGGCGGAGAGUUCAACAAGACGACGACGAAUUGCAUUGCCGAUACGGGCACCUCGCUUCUCUUGCUGCCGCCCGACCUCCUCCACGCAUACUACGAUCAAGUACCGGGCGCCGAGUGGUUAUGGGGGCCCUGGGGAUACGUCUACACCUGCGAUCAGAAGCUCCCCGACUUUACCUUUGGCAUAGAGGGGGCGAAGAUUACCAUUCCCGGGAAGUACCUCACUUAUGCCGACUGGAACGGGACGCACUGCUACGGUGGAAUCCAGCACAGCUUUUCCCGGCAGGCAAUCUUUGGCGAUGUGGCGUUUACGGCUGCCUUGGUCGUGUUUGACCUGGGCAAUCUGCAGACCGGUUGGGCCCAAAAAUAG